CGUGGUUCCGGACAGAGGCGAGGUUUCACGGGCGGGGUCACGUGGUUCCGGACAGAGGCGUGGUUUCACGUUGUUCCGGCUGGUGAAAGAUGGCGGACGCUGAGGCGGUGGAGGCGAUCGGCAGGGUUUUGGUGGACGUGUCGAGGCCGCUGAAGGAGCGGUUCCGGGCAUUGUUUACCCUCCGCAACCUGGGUGGACUGGCUGCCAUCGAGUGGAUCUCGAAGGGGUUCACGGACGAGUCAGCGCUGCUGAAGCAUGAGCUGGCAUACUGCCUGGGUCAGAUGCAGGACGAACGGGCUAUUCCGGUGCUCAGGCGGGUGCUUCAGGACAGUAGCCAGGAUCCUAUGGUCCGGCAUGAAGCAGGAGAGGCAUUAGGAGCUAUCGGAAAACCAGAGGUCCUUGAAUUAUUAAGAGAAUAUUCACAUGAUCCAGUGAUAGAAGUGGCUGAAACCUGUCAGCUAGCAGUGAAACGAAUUGAGUGGUUACAGACCAACAAAGAUCAGAGUGAAAGCCAAUACUGUUCCGUUGAUCCUGCUCCACCAGCCUCGGAGAAAGACAUCAGCAGGUUGAGGGGAAUGCUCCUGGAUGAAUCCUUGCCCUUGUUUGAUAGAUACCGAGCAAUGUUUGCCCUUCGGAAUAUUGGAAGCAAAGAAGCUGUAUUGGCUUUGGGAGAUGGUUUACAGUGUAGCAGUGCCUUAUUUCGACAUGAAAUUGGCUAUGUCUUUGGUCAGAUGCAACAUGAUGCCAGUAUUCCUCCGCUGAUAACAGCAUUGAGAAACAUGGAUGAAAAUCCCAUGGUACGUCAUGAGUGUGCGGAGGCUUUGGGGUCCAUCGCCAAAGACACAUGCAUGGAAGUACUGAAAGAAUACUUGUACGACGAGGAACGUGUUGUGAAAGAGAGCUGUGAGGUGGCAUUGGACAUGCUUGAAUAUGAAAUCAGUACUGACUUUCAGUAUGCUGAUGGCUUGGUCAAACUACAGAGAAGCUGAUUUGGAGACUCUAACAUCUUUAUUGGACUUCUGUUAAUCAGCUAAAAGACUGUUGAAGCUUCUUGGGAUUUGAUGUAAUGAGUACUCAAUUCUUGGAACUUAAACUUUCUCCAGUUUGAGGCAUGUAUUUUAAAAUAUAGUUCCUGAAUUAUGUUGUAGAAUUUAAAACAAUACAUGGAGUGUUAUUUA